UGCAGGAAGGAUGUGUCCUAAAAGAGUCAAACUGAGCCAAACUGCAUCACUUCUGAGUCCGAUCACUACUUAGCACUCACCUUCGGAUAUUCCCCCUUUCGCUUUGCAGUUACAUCGGGUGAAAGGGAAGAACCCGAAGAGAACGAGAGAAGGAUUGUGAAAUGGGAGCUACGGCAUCAUCCGCGCAGCGGGACAGUAGAGGUGAGGAGGACGCAGCGGCGGAGGAGCUCACUGCAGCGGCGAGCGAUGCUCGGGAUGAGGAUGACGGCAGUGCUGAUGACAAGUUAUUACAGAAAAACGGGCAGAUCUCCAGUUUGAAUGUAAAGACAAGGAACAAUGCAGAUGAAUUAAAUGGCAACUUUGAGGAGAGAGUACUUGCAGAUGCUGGCUCAGGGUUUGUUACUUUGAAAGAAGAUGGCACAGAAACAAUUGAAGACCUCCAGGAAAUGGAUGCUUUUCAACCAGUCACGAAGAAUGAGAGCACAGAGAUGAUUAAUGCAGAUAGUGUGACUGUGAUGGAAGAAACUAUGGAGGACAACCAAGUGAAUGAUAUCAAUGACAUGGGCUUCAAAAAAAUAUUCAGAUUCGUUGGAUUUAAGUUUACCCUUAAAAAAGACACCUGUGAAAAGACUGAAGCAAAUGAGCAAGAAGAAAAAGUAACAUGUGCCUCAGAGGACUCCAGUGACACCCAGGAGAACAGUGCAGUGGAAGCAAAUGAAAAAACACCUGAUGAGACUCAAAAAAGUGAGGUAUCAUCCCAGACUGAUUCAGCUGGACCCUCUCAACAAACAGAAAAUAUAAAGGAGCUGGAUCAGGACAUUAAGACAGUGGAGCAUCAUGUGGAGGACACACCUGAGAAAGAACUGGCAAAAGAAGCAAGUCCUGAGCCGGAGGAACCGAUGUCACCAAUCAAGCAAUUCUUUACACAAGGAAUCUUUGCCAGUUUAAGAAAGAAAAAGAAAGAAGAGGAAAUGCAAAAAGAGAGUAAGGAAGAGGAACUCAAAAGAAUUGAGAAAAUGGGUGUAGAAGAGGCAGAAAAAGAGGACAGUAAAUGUAUGUGCCUUGAUAUUCCUUAUAUUACUUCACAGGAAGAAAAAGAUUCACAGGAGAAAGAUAACGAGUUGUUACCUGAAGGAGAGCUACAGAAUUCUCUAGAGAAAGAUAAGGUACAAGGAAGUCCACUUAAAAGACUUUUCAGGAAAUUUUCCACAAGAAGGCAGAGAGAAAGUAAAGCUCCAGAAAAGGUGAUCGAGGCUGAGGAACGAGUCUCUGAACAGCCAAAACCAUCCUCAGAAUUGACAGAGCUUGCAAAAGUCGAGGAACCAGUGGUUGGGCAACCAAAACCUGCUGAAGAGGAGCUGGUGGCUGAUGUAAGCCCUCUAGAGUCCAAAAAGAAAUCUGACAUCACCGUUUCCUGGGAGGCACUGAUUUGUGGUGGCUCUGCUAAAAAAAGAGCAAGAAAAACAAAUGAGGAUGAAACGCCAGACAAAGGAGAGGUAUAUGAGAAAACAACUGACUCUCCACUUGGAAGUUCAAUUGAGGGUGAUUAUGAUCAACUCACAUCAUCGAAUGAACAAACUGGAAGUCCUGCAGAGGGAGAGAUGGGAUCCACAUGGAAAACAUUUAAAAAAAUGGUCACCCCAAAGAGAAAGGUCAGAGCUGGAGAAAGUAGUACCCCUGAGCAGAUACCUUCAGACAGUGAGAUGAACAAAGACGAAUCAUUUUCUAUGAAGAAACUUAUUCCAGGGCAUAAAAAGAGAAAAUCGGAUGCAAGGAAAGACCAGACAUCCUCUGAUGAGGGUGCUAAGGAUCAUGAAACAGGUGAUGAAGAUGAUGAAACCCCAGCUAUCAUUCCUCUAUCUGAGUAUGAAAUAAUUGAGCCUGAAAGUCUGAAGGAGGUCAAUGAACAACGAGUUGAAAUCACAAUAGAACAUGAGAUGCCAGAGAUGACUUCACAAGCUCUAGAACAGGACACAUCUAUUAACUUAGUGCCCAAAAUUGCAGUUAAAGUUCCAACUAACACUGGACCAACAAUUAUACAUGGAUUAUCAGAUGACUUUGAAGAACUUGCAGACUUUGUGAGCAAACACCAGCAACUGAGUGAUAUUCCAGAAGAAGGCAUCAAUGAGGAAAGCAUUGAAACACCAGUAUCAUCAGCUGAGUGGACAACACAGGGUGACACCUUAGCUGAGGACAUUGUGGAGUUGACAGCUGAUGCGGUCACUGCUCCAGAACCAGCAAGUGAACAAUUUAUUGGGGAUGACACUACUGAAAUGGUCUCAGCAGUCUCACAACUAACUGAAUCUCCCAGGUCAUCUGGACAUGUUACACCAGUGUCAGCUGAAUAUGGCAUACAAACAUCAGAUGUGAUCCUACAGGAAGCUAUUCAAUCCAUUUGCAUGACUCCAAGUGUUCAAUCAGUAACUACAAAAGAUGAAAGCCAAGAAUCUCUGGCCGUGUCAUUUUCACCUUAUAUUGUACACUCAUCCACAACAGAGGAAACAAAGGUUUUGGUUGCACGUAAGAAAACUGAAGCAACAGCAAUAUGUACAGGCCUAGUAUCUCAAGAAAUAGAAUCUGUUGAAGAACAUCUCCCUGUAACCUUAGUGGAGGCAAUACCUGAAGUAAGUGAUGCUGUCCCAACUGAAUUAGUCUCUGAUAACUUUACAGAUGAAACUGAAACUGCAGGACUUGGGACAGAUGAAGUCUAUGAAGCUGAAAUUAAGGAAGUGAAGACUGAGUAUCAGAAAGUAAUUAUAAAUGAAAAAGUAUCUGCCACUGAAACUGAGCUUAGCGCAGAGCAAGCCAUUCAAUUAGUGGCAGAGCCUCUUGUGGAAGAAUCCAAGGAAACUCAUAUAGAAGACAAAAAAGAGGAACAUACAACUAGUAUUGAAUGCAGAGAGGUGAUUGAGAUGAUGCAAAGUGAAGACACCCAUGAUCCUGAAACAGAGUGUCCACUGCAUCCUGUGUUAGAUGAGCCUGUGUAUGAAGGACAAGUAGCUGCUGAACCUGAAAAACAGCUUAUGCCUUUAGAAGUUGAAUUGGCAGCUGCUGAGUUUGAGCAAGCUGCACCCACGGAAGUAGUUGCGUCUUUGACACAUGGUGAUGUAGACAACAUUCCUGACACUACCACAAGCAAAGAAGUCAAAGCAAUUGAAAUCAUUGCCUCUGCUGUGGAGUGUCUGGAAACCAAAGAGACUGUUAGUAUUCUAAGUCUAAUCUCAGAUUCCAUACAGUCAGAGACAGUAGAUUUAGAAAAGAGUUUAAAAUUAGAAGCAGUUGAAUCAGUACAUGUUGAUGUUUGUGAAACAAAAGUUGAUGUAAAAGAUGCAGGCUUAUUAGCAGGUGAUUCAGCGAUGACUGUGGAGGACAUCAGUGAGAAAACAGAAGAAAAUGAUUAUGAAAAAAUGGCACAGCUGGACAUUAAGGAAAUACAUGUAGAAGAAAAGACUGGGGAUGCUGUUGCUUCAGACGUUGUUGAAAAUAUUGAGGUUGAAGAUAUUUCAGAAGCUGUAGAUGAAUCAUUAGCCAGAGAACAGUUGACAGCCAAGGAGGUGUCACUUCCAGAACCUGCAUUAGUUGAAGAGCUCCAUAAAGAAGACAUUGAUACAAAUUUGGAUGAUGAAAAAGUGAAAGACAGUGCAACUGACAGAACGGAUGGGAUUUUUGUGAAAGAGGAAGAGGAAAAUGCAGUAAAGGAAGGGCGACAUUUAACAAACACUGAAAGCAAAGAAACAGAGAAUGAAGAUGUUUCUGCUCACAUAAAUACUACUGAUGAAUCUCCUGAAAUAAUUGUUGAUGCAGGAAGUGAAAAUGAAGACAUGGUUCAUGAAAUAAGAGAAUGCACAGUCAUUCCUGACUUUUCAAAAGAUGUAUCUGAGCACACAGAAACACCAGCCAAGCUUGAAGCUAGUUCUGAAAUCACUGCAACCUCUAGAGAUGGUGUUGCCAGAAGUAAAAGCAAAACCUUUAGCAACAGAAAUUGUGGUUUCUCAAACAGAAGACUGGAGUCUAGAUACCAAACCAAGUCCAGAGAUUCCCAAAGAGAAUGCACAACCAGCGACAACUGAGAAUAUUAAGACU